AUGGCUGGAUUUUACUUCUGUGGACAAAAACUGAAUGACGAGCUUGUCACAUCAAUCUCUCGUCUUCUUAACACCGCUGGUGUCCCAGCUCUUCUCUGGGGCAACUAUCUAUUAACCAUCUAUGGGGUUCCCACUAUUGUUGACGUCAGUACUUUCGCUACAAAAGCCAUUAUGGAAAUAACACUAAAUUUUGAACAGGGCGUCGCCUUCGUCGUUCCAGACGCUCUCACAGAAGUCUCCUACUCCGCCCUCUCGAGAGCUGGUUUUCUUACCUGCACACGAAACUCAGACUGCCCACAUCAGACAUCGUCACGGUGCCCUCCGCCUACUAGACACCUACAUAUUGAUGAUGAGCUUACGGUAUCGUUGUAUCGGAAGUCUGAUGUUCUCUGGGAAUUACCAGAAUUCGGGCUUGUUCCGCAUGGGAAAAGCCCCGAUAUCAUGUACGCGUCGGACACUCAGCUUCCAUCAGCAAGUCUAGGCCACGGCCGAGGUCGCUUCAACUCUCCACUGUCGCCCGUUCGAAUCCCAACCGCUCUCAGAUACUGUGAAGCCCUUAUCCUUUUGCUAUGUCGAGACCGUGGCAGUAUCUAUGAGGCCUACUGGAUGGCAAUCUUGACGUAUAUGCUUGAGUAUGUUGAUGGAACACCUAUUCUUGAUGAAAAAGACAUGAGAGAUGGUUGUAGACAUUUUUAUCAAGCUCUAAAAUCGGGGGAUUCAAAAAUGUAUGUACUUUUGGAUAGACUUCGUUAUGACUUAAAUACGAGGCAGAACAUCACGGUCGAGAAGACCUACCAGGCUCGGGUUAUCUGA